CCGAAUGAACCAAGUACGACACCAUUCCUUUGUUUACAACGUUUAAAACAUCUUAUCAAUUACAAUCAUAACAAUUUCAAUUUAGAUGUGCGCCCGACACCAAGGUACGGAAUUGCAAUCCCGAAAGUCAGUCGUAUAGGCUAAUAUGGGAGAGUUGUGAAGGUAUGAACCAGUGCGUUCUGUCCGCAACCGAUUCCUCAAUGGCAAGUACUCGUUGCUUGAAAAGUUAUAUCCGUGACUCACAUCAUAAGUACAUCCAUGUCCAGUAUCGUUGUGAAGUUCCAGGUCGUACUGUUAUCGGUAACUGCGACGAUGGUAAUGCUGGAUGGGGAGACUGGCUUUCGACGGAUAAUCCGAUGCGUAUUGGCGAUGUCGAACUGGUUAGUCAUCAUCGCAUAUUAAAAGAAGGCUGCAGAGAUCCAACUGCCAUAGAGGUUCAACUUAAAGAAGGUGGAGAUUACCACGAUGGAAACGAUGUUCUAGAAAUAGCCCGUACUUAUGGAGUGGUUUGCCUAAACUCAAGACAACGUCGUGGAAAAACAUGCAGCGAUUACAAAAUUAGAUAUUGCUGCCAGAAAAAGGCUCUCAGAAAAUGCAAAAAUCCUGGACCUAUAAAGAAUGGAAGAAGACCAGGGCGUUCAAGCUUUCCUAUAGGAUACGAGCUAACUUAUUCCUGUCAAAAUAGAUAUAACAUGAUCGGCCAAGCAAUGCUAAAAUGUCUUGAAGGGGGACAAUGGUCAGCAAAACCUCCACGAUGUGAAAGAGCAGUUAUCCGGAGGGGAGCAAGGUGCAAAGCCUUCGGAGAUCCUCACUACAUUCAAUUCGACGGAAAAAAACGAUACGAUUUCAUGGGAAAGUGCACUUACAGAAUGGCAGAAACCUGUAAAAUGGAUUCCUCCAACGAACAAUGGUUUUCUAUUCAAGCGAAAAAUGAAGUGCGAAAAAAUCGGCACGACGUUUCAUAUCUCAGUUUAAUCAUAAUAAAACUAAAAGCAGGAACUGUUGAAAUAAGGCUCGAAAAAGACGGGGUUGUCAAGGAAAAUGGAAAAGUAGUGAGAGAGCUGAGAAAUGAUUUAUAUCAAUGUUCAGUCAGCGGAAAUAACAACAUCGUUUUCACAACCAAGUUUGGACUUCGCGUUUCUUACAAUGGCAAUGGAAUGACAAUCAAUCUGCCCAGUAGUUACCGCAAUCAGGUUUGCGGCAUAUGCGGUAAUUACAACGACGACAAUUCAGACGACUUGGUGAUGGAGUCGGGUGUUACAGCAAGCGACUUUGCAGAAUUUGCCAUUAGCCACGAAACUGUGGCGUGCGGAGAAGUGCCUGGAAGCGGUGGUUGUUCAGACGAAGAAAGACAGAAAUGGGAAGAUGAAUGCAAAUGGCUCAUUACGGAUGGGGUUUAUGACCCAUGUCAACCUCACAUCGACCCAACACCGUAUUAUGAAUCAUGCGUUUACGAUCAGUGUGCGACUGGGGGCGAUAAAGAUGAUCUUGAGGAGGCAUUACGUGGUUAUGCAGAAGAUUGUCUGGCUAUAGGCGUUCCUAUUUGUGAUUGGAGGAGAAAGACUAAAUCACGGGGACUACGUUGUCCACCAAAUAGCAGAUACGUUGGUUGUGCAUCACCAUGCGCUAACACGUGCAACAACCCAACAGCGGCCAACAGUUGUGAAGACGAAACAUUUAUAGAAGACUGCGUUUGCAAUCCAGGAUAUUUGAGGGAAGGAAAUCAGUGCAUUAAACGAAACCAAUGUGGAUGUAAUGUUGGAGGAAGUGUUUACUCGAAAGGAGAUACAUAUGAAGAGUCAACUUCCAUCUGUACAUGCAAAGGACAAAACAAUUUUGAAUGUACUUGCAAAGAAGGGUACAAACAAGAAGAAAGCGAUAACGGCAUUGUUUGUACAAGUAUUUGUCCCCCCACAAUGGUAUACUCAAAUUGUGCUCCAUCUUGUCCUCGUUCGUGUCUGGACAAAUAUAAUCUUCCACCAAAAGCAUGUACACUAGAAUGCAGGCAAGCAUGUGUAUGUCCAGAUGGCAUGAUUCUAUCUGACAAAGACAGCAGUCAAUGUGUAAAACCGUCAGAAUGUCCAGCGCGAGACGUGUGCAGAGCAUGGGGAGAUCCUCAUUAUAUUCAGUACGGCCGAAGCAGCACAUUUGAUUUUAUGGGAUUAUGCACGUACCUGAUGUCUGAAACUUGUGAUCUUGAUAAAUCCAAUCCUCGAUGGUUUUCUGUUCGAGUCGAAAAUGAGAAACGUUUCAACAGAGAAGGUGUAUCUUGGGUGAAAAAUGCACGAAUACUUUUGGAAGGAGGAAAAAUAAACAUCACUCUUGCAAAAGAUGAGAAAGAAAAGUUUGCUUUGAUCAAUGGAAAAAAGAUUGUGGAAGCAACCUCAGCUAGCUUUACUUUAAGAAACACAGGGAGAGCAAUAACUGUAACAACAGACUGCGGAGUUGAAGUAACUUAUAAUGGGAAUGCUGUGAUUGUCAAAGCUCCAGAAGCAUACAAGAAUAAACUCUGUGGAUUAUGUGGGGACUAUAAUGGAGAUCCAUCAGAUGAUCUAAAGAUGAGAAAUGGCAUGAUGGCAAAGGAUUUCAAUGAAUUCGGUGAUAGUUAUCAAGUUGGUGAAUGUGGGGAAAAGACUCCUCCCUCUAUUGAUUGUCCUAAAGAAGGAGACACCAGAUGGUCAACCAAUGAAUAUUGUGGAAUUCUUUUGACUGAUGAAUAUUUCUUAUCUUGUGAAAAUGGUGAAUUACAUUAUCAAAGUUGUGUGUUUGACAUGUGUGCAACAGAUGGAAACAAAGAUGUUUUAGAGCAGGAUUUAGUAUUUGCAACUUAUGACUGUCGUAAUCCUGAUCCUGACAUACCAAGUCCUCCAUGUGACUACCGAAAAAUAUUUGGUAUUGCUAUGAUGUCAUGUCCAGACCAUAGUUCAUAUCAAGGUUGUGCAAGUGCAUGUCCUAAUACAUGCCAAAAUCCCAAAGCCUCAGAAAGUUGUCCACUUCCAGCUGUUGAAAAUUGUGUCUGUGAUGAAGGUUAUGUGCGGGAAGGUGUACGAUGUAUACAAGAGCAAGAAUGUGGAUGCACUAGAGAUGGUUAUUAUUAUCAAGCGGGAACUUUAAUAAGAAAUGAACCAGAAAAUACAGGCUGUUUGUGUAUGGAAGGAAAAUUUGUUUGUGGUUGCCUAGAUGGUUAUACAAAAUCAUAUGACGACAGAUGUACAAGAAUAUGCACUCCACCUAAGGAGUUUACAACUUGUGCAACUGUAUGUCCAAGGACUUGUGAUGAUCCAAGUCCGGCAACUUGCACACAGAACUGUGAUAUAGGUAUUCAGUGUGUUUGUUCGAAAGGUUAUGUACAAGUUUCCAAAGAUGACUCGACAUGUGUACUACUUGAAGACUGUAAACCAAAAUGCAAAUAUGAUUCAUGUAAUGAAAAUGCAAUUUGCUCAGAAACGGAUGAUGGAAUAAGAUGCAAAUGCUUAGAAGGAUAUAUAGGAGAUGGAAAAACUUGCACAAAACCAACUAAACCUUGUCAACCAAACCCAUGUUUGAAUGGCGGAAGAUGCACACCAGAUGGUUUUGGUGGAUACAGUUGUGCUUGCUUCAGAUUUUAUUCAGGCAAAAAUUGUGAAAUUGAACCAAUUCAACCUUGUCAACCAAACCCAUGUUUUAACGGCGGAAGAUGCACACCGGAUGGUGAGAGUGGAUACAGUUGUGCUUGCUUCAGACUUUAUUCAGGCAAAAACUGUGAAAUUGAACCAACUGAACCUUGUCAACCAAACCCAUGUUUGAAUGGUGGAAGAUGCACACCAGAUGGUUUUGGUGGAUACAGUUGUGCUUGCUUCAGACUAUAUUCAGGCAAAAAUUGUGAAAUUGAACCAACUAAACCUUGUCAACCAAACCCAUGUUUGAAUGGUGGAAGAUGCACACCAGAUGGUUUUGGUGGAUACAGUUGUGCUUGCUUCAGACUAUAUUCAGGCAAAAAUUGUGAAAUUGAACCAACUAAACCUUGUCAACCAAACCCAUGUUUAAACGGCGGAAGAUGCUCACCAGAUGGUGAGGGUGGUUACAGUUGUGCUUGCUUCAGACUUUAUUCAGGCAAAAACUGUGAAAUUGAACCAACUAAACCUUGUCAACCAAACCCAUGUUUGAAUGGUGGAAGAUGCACACCAGAUGGUUUUGGUGGAUACAGUUGUGCUUGCUUCAGACUAUAUUCAGGCAAAAAUUGUGAAAUUGAACCAACUAAACCUUGUCAACCAAACCCAUGUUUAAACGGCGGAAGAUGCUCACCAGAUGGUGAGGGUGGUUACAGUUGUGCUUGCUUCAGACUUUAUUCAGGCAAAAACUGUGAAAUUGAACCAACUAAACCUUGUCAACCAAACCCAUGUUUGAAUGGUGGAAGAUGCACACCAGAUGGUUUUGGUGGAUACAGUUGUGCUUGCUUCAGACUAUAUUCAGGCAAAAAUUGUGAAAUUGGAAUUUGUCCUCCAACAAUGGUAUAUUCGAAUUGUGCUCCAUCUUGUCCUCGAUCCUGUCUAGACAAAUAUAAUCUUCCACCAAAAGCAUGUACACUAGAAUGCAGGCAAGCAUGUGUAUGUCAAGAUGGCAUGAUUCUAUCUGACAAGGACAGCACUCAAUGUGUAAAACCGUCAGAAUGUCCAGCUCGAGAUGUUUGCAGAGCAUGGGGAGAUCCGCACUAUAUUCAGUUUGAACAAAGCAGCACUUAUGAUUUUAUGGGAUUAUGCACAUAUCUGAUGUCUGAAACUUGUGAUCUUGAUAAAUCCAAUCCUCGAUGGUUUUCUGUUCUUGCCGAAAAUGAGAAACGUUUCAAUAGAGAAGGUGUAUCUUGGGUCAAAAAUACCCAAAUACUUUUAGAAGGGGGAAAAAUUAACAUCACUCUUGCAAAAGACGAAAAAGAAAAGUUUGCUUUGAUCAAUGGCAAAGAAGUCGUUGAAGCAACCACUCAGACUUUUACUUUGAGAAAUUCAGGAACGUCUAUUAAAGUAACAACAGAUUGUGGAGUUGAAAUCACGUACAAUGGGAAUGCAGUAAUUAUAAGAGUCCCACCUGCAUACAAAAAUAUGCUCUGUGGAUUAUGUGGAGACUAUAAUGGUGAUUCAUCAGAUGAUUUAAAGAUGAGAGAUGGCAUGAUGGCGGAGGAUUUCAAUGAAUUUGGUGAUAGUUAUCAAGUUGGUGAAUGUGGGAAGAAGACUCCUCCUUCUAUUGAUUGUCCUAAAGAAGGAGACAACAGAUGGUCAACCAAUGAAUAUUGUGGAAUUCUUCUCACUGAUGAAUAUUUCUUAUCUUGUGCAAAUGGUGAACUACAUUAUCAAAGUUGUGUGUUUGAUAUGUGUGCAACAGAUGGAAACAAAGAUGUUUUACAGGAGGAUCUAAUAUUUGCAACUUAUGACUGUCGUAAUCCUGAUCCUGACAUACCAAGUCCUCCAUGUGACUACCGAAAAAGAUUUGGUAUUGCUAUGAUGUCAUGCCCAGAGCAUAGUUCAUAUGAAGGUUGUGCAAGCGCAUGUCCUAAUACAUGCCAAAAUCCUCGAGCCUCAGAGAAUUGUCCCCUCCCGGAUGUUGAAGAUUGUGUAUGCAAUGAGGGUUAUGUGCGAGAAGGUGUUCGAUGUAUACAAAGGAAAGAUUGUGGAUGCAUCAGGGAUGGAUAUUACUAUAAAGCAGGAACUGGAAUAAUAAAUGAAAAAGACAAUACAGAUUGCCUGUGUAUGCGCGGAAACUUCAUAUGUGAUUGUAUUGAUGGAUAUUCAUUCAAUGAUGAUGGAACAUGUACAAAAAUAUGCUCUCCACCAAAAGAAUUUACAACAUGUGCAACACAGUGCCCAAGGACUUGUGACGAUCCAAUGCCACCCACUUGUACAAAGGAAUGUAAUUUGGACAUUCAGUGUGUUUGUUCACAAGAUUUUGUACAAAUAUCUAAAGAUGAUUCAACAUGUGUGCGAUUUGAAGAUUGCAAACAAAAAUGCAAAUUUGAUUCAUGUGAUGAAAAUGCAAUCUGCUCGGAAACAGACGAUGGAAUAGAAUGUGAUUGUUUAGAAGGAUAUGAAGGCGAUGGAAAAACCUGCACAAUUCCUGAUAAACCAUGUGAACCAAAUCCAUGCAAAAAUGGUGGAAGAUGUGUUCCCUUUGUUGGAUUCGGUGACUCAUACAUAUGCUCAUGUCCUAAAAGAUUUUCUGGAAAUAAUUGUGAAAAUGAAUUUAUCUGUCCGCCUGGAAGAACUUAUAGUGAUUGCGAGCCAUGUUCAGGCACAUGUGAUGAACCUAAUUUGUCAUAUUUGUUGCCAGCUACAGGAGAAACUCCUAAAUGCUCCAGAAUUUGUCGAGCAGGAGAUUUUUGUAGCUGCCCAGAUGGAUUUAUACAAAAAAGUGAAACAGAUAUUACUUGCGUUGCAAUUUCAACAUGCAUAGGUACCAGUCCAAAGGAUCCAUGUGAGAAUAACCCAUGUAAAAAUGGUGGGUUAUGUUUUGUUGCGAAUGACGAAUAUGGCUGUGCCUGUCCACGGCUGUAUACUGGGAAAAAUUGUGAAAUUGGACCUGAAAAAGCAUGUGACCCAAAUCCAUGUCAAAAUGGUGGAGAAUGUUUACCUGCAAUGGGGGAUUCAAGGUUUUACACAUGCAGAUGCACAGAUGGAUUCUCAGGGAAACAUUGUGAAGUUGCCAAGUGUAUUGCUCCAAAGGUAUAUACAAACUGUGCAUCAGCUUGUCCCACAUCAUGUCUUGAUAAAUACGAUAUUCCACGAAAAGCUUGUCCAACAGUGUGUCUGCAAGGAUGUGUAUGUCCAGAGGGAAUGAUUUUAUUGGACAAGGACAGCGAUGAAUGUGUUAAAUCUUCAGAAUGUCCAAAACGAGAAGUUUGCAGAGCAUGGGGAGAUCCACACUAUAUUCAGUUUGAGCAAAGUAGUAAAUAUGAUUUUAUGGGAUUGUGCACGUAUGUUAUGUCAGAGUCUGUUGGAUUUGAAAAAUCCAGUGAUAGAUGGUUUGCUGUUCAUGUUGAAAACGAGGAGCGUUAUAACAGAACUGGUGUUUCAUGGGUGAAGAAUGCAAGAAUACUUCUUAGUGAUGGAUCUAUAGACAUUUUCCUAUCCAAAGAAGGCGCAAAGUUCAAUGGGAAAGAUGUGACUGUUGUCAACCAUCCAAGAUUCACACUGACAGUUAAUGGUAAAGCAUACACCGUAACUACUGAUUGUGGAGUAUCAAUAACAUUCAAUCCAAAUGCAGUUAUCAUACGAGUGCCACCGUCCUACAAAGAUCAAGUUAGAGGUCUAUGUGGAGAUUAUAAUGGAGAUUCAUCAGAUGAUCUUACAAUGUCAAAUGGGGAAGUUACUGAUAGCUGGAAUGAAUUUGCAUCAAGUUAUGUUGUUGGAAAAUGUGAUCAGAAUAUUCUCAGUCCACAACCAAAAUGCACAGAAGAAGAAAAAGCUAAAUGGUCGAAAAAUACAUUUUGUGGAGCAAUCACCCAAGUUUCUGGUAUAUUUGACCAAUGUAGAAGCUUGUUAGAUAUAAAAACCUAUUUCCAAAAUUGUGUAUUCGAUAUGUGUGCAACAAAAGGAGAACUUCAAGUUUUUGAACAGACAAUUGAAACUUUUGUUGAGGAUUGUAUUAGUAAAAAUGUAACUUUGUGCGGAUGGAGAGAAGCACUGAAUCUUCCAGUGAAAUGUUAUGCUCACAGUACUUACGAAAGUUGCCCAACAACUUGUCAAAAGUCUUGUGCUGAUCGUUAUGCUUCAACGAAAUGUGUCGUACCCCUGGCAGAAGAUUGUGUAUGUGAUGUCGGUUAUAUAAAAGAAGGUGACAGAUGUAUCCUGGAUAAGGAUUGUGGUUGCUGGAGAAAUGGGAUGUACUAUUCUAAAGGUUCUCGAGUAACAGAUGAUGAUGAACACAAGACUUGUGUCUGUUUUGAAUCAAUCGGAUUUACUUGCACAUGCUUGGAUGGAUAUAUAAGAGAUGGUCGGAAUUGCAGAAGACCUACGUGUUCUGAUGAUCCUUGUGAUGGAGAUGCAACAUGCUCAGAGGAUGAUGGAUUAGUUCAGUGUAAAUGCAAUCAAGGUUAUCAAGGAGAUGGGUAUUUUUGUGGACCAUUGUGCGAUGAUGUUACUGAAAUAGAAAAUGGAUAUAUAGUAUAUUCUGGAGAAAUUGAAUCAGUUGCAGGAUAUAAAGCCACUUUCAGGUGUAAUGCUGGAUAUAUUUUAAAUGGCAAUGCUGAAAUAAUCUGUCAAGCAGAUGGAUUUUGGUCUGGUGCCAAUCCUACUUGUGAAAAAUUCGAAUGUCCUGCUGGACGAAAAUACAUCAAUUGCGAGCCAUGCGAAGGAACAUGUGAUAACCCAAAUCUAUCUUACUUGGUACCCAAACCGGGUAAAGUACCUAUGUGUGCGAAGAUAUGCAAACGUGGGCAUUUCUGUAGUUGCCCAGAAGGCUUCAUACAGAAGAGUGCAAGUAAUACAACAUGUGUGCCUAUUUCAACAUGUAUAAAUCAAGGGGGAUGCACUGCACCAAAAGUGUUUUCUGAAUGUGCAUCAUCUUGCCCUGCAUCAUGUCUUGAUAAAUACGAUGUUCCUGUAAGACCAUGUCCAGCAGUGUGUUUGCAAGGAUGUGUAUGUCCCGAAGGAAUGGUUUUAUUGGAUAAAGACAGUGAUAUAUGUGUCAAAUCUUCUGAAUGUCCGAAACGAGAAGUAUGCAGAGCAUGGGGAGAUCCACACUAUAUUCAGUUUGAGCAAAGUAGUAAAUAUGAUUUUAUGGGAUUGUGCACGUAUGUUAUGUCAGAGUCUGUUGGAUUUGAAAAAUCAAGUGAUAGAUGGUUUGCUGUUCAUGUUGAAAACGAGGAGCGUUUUAACAAAACUGGUGUUUCAUGGGUGAAGAAUGCAAGAAUACUUCUUAGUGAUGGAUCUAUUGACAUUUUCUUAUCCAAAGAAGGUGCAAAGUUCAAUGGAAAAGACGUGACUGUUGUCAAUCAUCCACGAUUCACACUGAGAGUUAAUGGUAAAGCAUACACCGUAACUACUGAUUGUGGAGUAUCAAUAACAUUCAAUCCUAAUGCAGUUAUCAUACGAGUACCUCCAUCAUACAAAGAUCAAGUUAGAGGUCUAUGUGGAGAUUAUAAUGGAGAUUCAUCAGAUGAUCUUACAAUGUCAAAUGGGGAAGUUACUGAUAGCUGGAAUGAAUUUGCAUCAAGUUAUGUUGUUGGAAAAUGUGAUCAUGAUAUUCUGAGUCCAGAACCAAAAUGCACAGAAGAAGAAAGAGCAAAAUGGUCGCAAAAUACAUUUUGUGGAGCAAUCACAGAAGUUUCCGGAAUAUUUGACCAAUGUAGAAGCCUGUUAGAUAUAAAAACCUAUUUUCAAAAUUGUGUAUUCGAUAUGUGUGUAACAAAGGGAGAACUUCAAGUUUUUGAACAGACAAUUGAAAAUUUUGUUGAGGAUUGUACUGAUAAAAAUGUAACAUUAUGCGGAUGGAGGGAAGCCCUAUAUCUUCCAGUAAAAUGCAUGGCUCACAGUACUUAUCAAAGUUGUCCAACAAAUUGUCAAAAUUCAUGUGCUGAUCGUUAUGCAUCAACAAGAUGUGUUAUACCCAUUGCGGAAGAUUGCAUAUGUGAUGCUGGUUAUAUAAAAGAAGGUGACCAAUGCAUCUUGGAAAAUGAUUGUGGUUGCUGGAGAAAAGGAAUGUACUAUUCUAAAGGUUCUCGCGUAACAGAUGAUGAUGAACACAAGACUUGUGUCUGUUCGGAAUCGAUUGGAUUUACUUGCAGAUGCUUGGAUGGAUAUAUAAGAGAUGGUCGAAAUUGUCAAAGACCUACGUGUUCUGAUGAUCCAUGUGAUGAAGAUGCAACAUGCUCAGAUGAUGAUGGAUUAGUUCAGUGUAAAUGCAAUCAAGGUUAUCAAGGAGAUGGUUAUUCGUGUGGACCAUUGUGCGAUGAUGUUACUCAAAUAGAAAAUGGAUAUAUAGUAUAUUCCGGAGAAAUUGAAUCAGUUGCAGGAUAUAAAGCCACUUUCGGGUGUAAUGUUGGAUAUAUUUUAGUUGGAAAUGCUGAAAUAAUUUGUCAAGCAGAUGGAUUUUGGUCUGGGGCCAAUCCCACUUGUGAAAAAUUCGAUUGUCCUGCUGGACGGAAAUACAUGGAUUGUGAGCCAUGUGAAGGAACAUGUGAUGACCCAAAUCUGUCUUACCUGAUACCAAAACCCGGUGUAGUACCUAUUUGUGCAAAGAUAUGCAAACGAGGACAUUUCUGUAGUUGCCCAGAAGGCUUUAUACAGAAAAGUGCGAGUGACACAACAUGUGUGCCUAUUUCAACAUGCAUAAAUCAAGGGAAAUGCACUGCACCGAAAGUAUAUUCUGAUUGUGCAUCAGCUUGCCCUGCAUCGUGUCUUGAUAAAUACGACAUUCCUGCAAAACCAUGUCCAGCAGUGUGUUUGCAAGGAUGUGUAUGUCCAGAAGGAAUGGUUUUAUUGGAUAAAGACAGUGAUAUAUGUGUCAAAUCUUCUGAAUGUCCGAAACGAGAAGUUUGCAGAGCAUGGGGAGAUCCACACUAUAUUCAGUUUGAGCAAAGUAGUAAAUAUGAUUUUAUGGGAUUGUGCACGUAUGUUAUGUCAGAGUCUGUUGGAUUUGAAAAAUCCAGUGAUAGGUGGUUUGCUGUUCAUGUUGAAAACGAGGAGCGUUAUAACAAAACUGGUGUUUCAUGGGUGAAGAAUGCAAGAAUACUUCUUAGUGAUGGAUCUAUUGACAUUUUCUUAUCCAAAGAAGGUGCAAAGUUCAAUGGAAAAGACGUGACUGUUGUCAACCAUCCACGAUUCACACUGAGAGUUAAUGGUAAAGCAUACACCGUAACUACUGAUUGUGGAGUAUCAAUAACAUUCAAUCCUAAUGCAGUUAUCAUACGAGUACCUCCAUCAUACAAAGACCAAGUUAGGGGUCUAUGUGGAGAUUAUAAUGGAGAUUCAUCAGAUGAUCUUACAAUGUCAAAUGGGGAAGUUACCGAUAGCUGGAAUGAAUUUGCAACAAGUUAUGUUGUUGGAAAAUGUGAUUAUGAUAUUCUGAGUCCAAAACCAAAAUGCACAGAGGAAGAAAGAGCAAAAUGGUCGCAAAAUACAUUUUGUGGAGCAAUCACUGAAGUUUCCGGAAUAUUUGACCAAUGUAGAAAAUUGUUAGAUAUAAAAACCUAUUUCCAAAAUUGUGUAUUCGAUAUGUGUGUAACAAAAGGAGAACUUGAAGUUUUUGAACAGACAAUUGAAACUUUUGUUGAGGAUUGUAUUGAUAAAAAUGUAACAUUAUGCGGAUGGAGGGAAGCCCUAAAUCUUCCAGUAAAAUGCAUGGCUCACAGUACUUAUCAAAGUUGCCCCACAACUUGUCAAAAUUCAUGUGCUGAUCGUUAUGCAUCAACAAGAUGUGAUAUACCCGUUGUGGUAGAUUGCAUAUGUGAUGUCGGUUAUAUAAAAGAAGGUGACCAAUGCAUCUUGGAAAAAGACUGUGGUUGCUGGAGAAAAGGAAUGUACUAUUCUAAAGGUUCUCGAGUAACAGAUGAUGAGGAACACAAGACUUGUGUCUGUUUGGAAUCAAUUGGAUUCACUUGCACAUGCUUGGAUGGAUAUAUAAGAGAUGGUCGGAAUUGUCGGAGACCUACAUGUUCUGACGAUCCUUGUGAUGAAGAUGCAACAUGCUCAGAGGAUGAUGGAUUAGUUCAGUGUAAAUGCAAUCAAGGUUAUCAAGGAGAUGGUUAUUCGUGUGGACCAUUAUGCGAUGAUGUUGCUGAAAUAGAAAAUGGGGAUAUAGAAUAUUCUGGAGAAAUUGAAUCAGUUGCAGGAUAUAAAGCCACUUUCUGGUGUAAUACUGGAUAUAUUUUAGUUGGAAAUGCUGAAAUAAUCUGUCAAGCAGAUGGAUUUUGGUCUGGAGCCAAUCCUACUUGUGAAAAAUUUCAAUGUCCUGCUGGACGAAAAUACAUGGAUUGUGAGCCAUGUGAAGGAACAUGUGAUAACCCAAAUCUGUCUUACUUGAUUCCAAAACCCGGUGUAGUACCUAUUUGUGCGAAGAUAUGCAAACGUGGACAUUUCUGUAGUUGCCCAGAAGGCUUCAUACAAAAAAGUGCGAGUGACACAACAUGUGUGCCUAUUUCAACAUGCAUAAAUCAAGGGAAAUGCACUGCACCGAAAGUAUAUUCUGAUUGUGCAUCAUCUUGCCCUGCAUCGUGUCUUGAUAAAUAUGACAUUCCUGCGAAACCAUGUCCAGCAGUGUGUUUGCAAGGAUGUGUGUGUCCAGAUGGCAUGGUUUUAUUAGAUAAAGACAGUGAUAUAUGUGUCAAAUCUUCUGAAUGUCCGAAACGAGAAGUAUGCAGAGCAUGGGGAGAUCCACACUAUAUUCAGUUUGAGCAAAGUAGUAAAUAUGAUUUUAUGGGAUUGUGCACGUAUGUUAUGUCAGAGUCUGUUGGAUUUGAAAAAUCCAGUGAUAGAUGGUUUGCUGUUCAUGUUGAAAACGAGGAGCGUUAUAACAAAACUGGUGUUUCAUGGGUGAAGAAUGCAAGAAUACUUCUUAGUGAUGGAUCUAUUGACAUUUUCUUAUCCAAAGAAGGUGCAAAGUUCAAUGGAAAAGACGUGACAGUUGUCAACCAUCCACGAUUCACACUGAGAGUGAAUGGUAAAGCAUACACCGUAACUACUGAUUGUGGAGUAUCAAUAACAUUCAAUCCGAAUGCAGUUAUCAUACGAGUACCUCCAUCAUACAAAGAUCAAGUCAGAGGUCUAUGUGGAGAUUAUAAUGGAGAUUCAUCAGAUGAUCUUACAAUGUCAAAUGGGGAAGUUACUGAUAGCUGGAAUGAAUUUGCAACAAGUUAUGUUGUUGGAAAAUGUGAUUAUGAUAUUCUGAAUCCAGAACCAAAAUGCACAGAAGAAGAAAGAGCAAAAUGGUCGCAAAAUACAUUUUGUGGAGCAAUCACACAAGUUUCUGGUAUAUUUGACCAAUGUAAAAGCUUGUUAGAUAUAAAAACCUAUUUCCAAAAUUGUGUAUUCGAUAUGUGUGCAACAAAAGGAGAACUUCAAGUUUUUGAACAGACAAUUGAAACUUUUGUUGAAGAUUGUAUUGAUAAAAAUGUAACAUUAUGUGGAUGGAGGGAAGCCCUAAAUCUUCCAGUAAAAUGCAUGGCUCACAGUACUUAUCAAAGUUGCCCCACAACUUGUCAAAAUUCAUGUGCUGAUCGUUAUGCAUCAACAAGAUGUGCUAUACCCAUUGCAGAAGAUUGCAUAUGUGAUGCUGGUUAUAUAAAAGAAGGUGACCAAUGCAUCUUGGAAAAUGACUGUGGUUGCUGGAGAAAAGGAAUGUACUAUUCUAAAGGUUCUCGCGUAACAGAUGAUGAUGAACACAAGACUUGUGUCUGUUUGGAAUCAAUUGGAUUUAAUUGCAGAUGCGUGGAUGGAUAUAUAAGAGAUGGUCGUAAUUGUCGGAGAACUAUGUGUUCUGAUGAUCCUUGUGAUGAAGAUGCAACAUGCUCAGAGGAUGAUGGAUUAGUUCAGUGUAAAUGCAAUCAAGGUUAUCAAGGAGAUGGUUAUUCGUGUGGACCAUUGUGCGAUGAUGUUGCUGAAAUAGAAAAUGGAUUUAUAGUUUAUUCUGGAGAAAUUGAAUCAACUGCAGGGUAUAAAGCCACUUUUUGGUGUAAUUCUGGAUAUGUUUUAGUUGGAAAUGCUGAAAUAAUCUGUCAAGCAGAUGGAUUUUGGUCUGGAGCCAAUCCAACUUGUGAAAAAACAUUUAUAGAGGAUUGCACUGCACCGAAAGUGUAUUCCGAUUGUGCAUCAGCUUGCCCUGCGUCAUGUCUUGAUAAAUACGACAUUCCUUUAAAACCAUGUCCAGCAGUGUGUUUGCAAGGAUGUGUAUGUCCAGAAGGAAUGGUUUUAUUGGAUAAAGACAGUGAUAUAUGUGUCAAAUCUUCUGAAUGUCCGAAACGAGAAGUAUGCAGAGCAUGGGGAGAUCCACACUAUAUUCAGUUUGAGCAAAGUAGUAAAUAUGAUUUUAUGGGAUUGUGCACGUAUGUCAUGUCAGAGUCUGUUGGAUUUGAAAAAUCCAGUGAUAGAUGGUUUGCUGUUCAUGUUGAAAACGAGGAGCGUUAUAACAGAACUGGUGUUUCAUGGGUGAAGAAUGCAAGAAUACUUCUUAGUGAUGGAUCUAUUGACAUUUUCCUCUCGAGAGAUGGCGCGAAGUUUAACGAUGUGGAUGUAACUGCCGUCAACCAUCCAAGAUUCACACUCAGAUUCGAUGGAAGAGCUUACACAGUAACAACUGAUUGUGGAGUAUCAAUAACAUAUAAUCCUAAUGCAGUGAUUAUAAAAGUUCCGUCAUCAUACAAGGAUCGGGUUAGAGGUCUAUGUGGAGAUUAUAAUGGAGAUUCAUCAGAUGAUCUUACAAUGUCAAAUGGGGAAGUUACUGAUAGCUGGAAUCAAUUUGCAUCAAGUUUUGUUGUUGGAAAAUGUGAUCAUGAUAUUCUGAGUCCAGAACCAAAAUGCACAGAAGAAGACAAUGCCAAAUGGUCUGGAAAUGCAUAUUGUGGUGCUCUAACAGAUGUUUCAGGGUUUUUUGGAAAAUGUAUUAGUGUACUAGACACAAAGACAUACUUUAAAAGUUGUCUUUUUGACAUGUGUGCUACAAAUGGUAUUAUACAAGUAUUUGAAGAGACUAUAAUCACAUAUAUAGAGGCAUGUGCUGAACAUAAUAUAACUUUGUGCGGAUGGAGGGAGGCGCUAAAUCUUCCACCAAAAAAUUGUCCUGACAACAGUAUUUACGAAAGUUGUCCAGAAACUUGUCAGAAAAUGUGUGCUGAUUCCAGUUCUUCACCAAGAUGUACUGAUUAUGUUAUUGAAGAAUGUAUCUGUCAUGACGGCUACCUAAAGGAAGGCAACAAAUGCAUCUUGAGUGGUAGAUGUGGCUGCUGGAGAGAAGGAAUUUAUUAUUCAUUCGAGUCAAAAAUUGAAGAUGAUAGAAAUCACGAAAUUUGCUAUUGUUCAUGGGAUGGUGAAUUUGAUUGUACUUGUAAAGAUGGAUAUAUAAAGGAUGGAAACAGAUGCAGAAGAAUGAGAUGUUCUGACAAUCGUUGUGAUGAGAAUGCAUCAUGCAAACGUGUUGAUGGUAUAGCCCAAUGUAAAUGUGACCGAGGAUACAAAGGAGAUGGAUUUUCAUGUAAUGAAAUACCUUGUCCUUUGCCAAACAAGCACAAGGUUGCAAUAAUAUCAAGUGGAGAUGGACCUUACUACCCUGGUGAUGUUCUAAAAUACAAGUGUCCUCCCAAUUAUAAACUCACAAGCGGUGGAAGUUUGACUUGUCAAUUUGGGGCAUUCUGGUUAGGACCAGGAGUGGAAUGCAAAGCUUUGUGUGAUAGAGUUGCUGAAUUACAAAAUGGUCAAGUAACAUACAGAGGGAAGAUGCCUUUGACAGCUGGUCACAUUGCUGUUUACAAAUGCAAUGAAGGGUAUGUUUUAUCAGGUGAUAAAGAAAGAACUUGUGGAUCGAAAGGAAUUUGGACAGGAUCUGAUCCUUACUGUGAAGAAAUAUGUUCACCUCCUCAAAUUUACUCCAACUGCGUAUCAUCUUGUCCUCAGACCUGUGAUACACUCGGUCAAAUGGAUCUGCCGUGUACAUUACAGUGUAAUAGAGGAUGCAAAUGUCCAGAUGAAAUGGUUCUACCUAGCAGUAGUUCAGCUACAUGUGUACCCAUACAAUCUUGCCCUAAACAACGUUGUCCUCUGCCAAUGAAACAUGAUGUUGCCAUUAUCUCUACUGGAGAUGGUCCUUACUACACUGGAGAUGUUAUUCAAUAUGUAUGCCCAAGUGGAUACAAUCUGGUAGGUGAUGGAACAUUAACCUGCCAAAAAGGAGGUGUAUGGUCUGAAGAGGAAAUAAACUGUGAAAAAAUCUGGUGCGGAAGGCCCAAUGACAUAAACAAUGGCAAUGCAUUGUAUGAUGAAGAAUACUUUGGCCUUGGUGAUGUUGUGUUUUAUGAGUGUAAUGAAGGAUAUAAGUUAAAAGGUGUGACACAAAGAACAUGUCAAAAAGAUGGAAAUUGGAGUGAAAAUGAACCAUUCUGUGAAGCUCCAGGAGAUGGAUGUCCUGCUCCCAAAGUGUACACAACUUGUGGAACUGCUUGUCCUGCAACUUGCCUUGAUGAGUAUGACAUUCCUGCCACUGGAUGUUUUCUAUCAUGCAAUCCUGGAUGUGUAUGUCCUGAUGGAAUGGUGUUAUUGGACAAAGACAGUGCUGAAUGUGUAGAGAGAAAAAAAUGUCCAAAGCGUGGAAUUUGUAGAGCAUGGGGAGAUCCUCACUACACAAUGUUCGAACAAAGCAGUAAAUAUGAUUUCAUGGGACUGUGCACUUAUACAAUGUCUGAAUCCGUUGGCUAUGAAAGGACAAGCAAGCAGUGGUUUGCUGUACACGCUGAAAAUGAAGGACGCUUCAACAGAACAGAUGUUUCAUGGGUUAAAAAUGUCAUAAUACAACUUGAUAAUGGUCAUGUGGCAAUAGUAAUAGGAAAAGAUGGUUUUGAGAUCAAAGGUACAAAGACAUUACAAUCUCGAUCAUCGUUAUACAAACUGAGACAUGAUGGAAAGAAAUAUACAGUAACCACAUCGUUUGGAGUAGGUAUAUCAUACAACGGAAAUGCUGUAUUGAUUCGUCUUCCAGUCUCUUACAAAGGAAAGGUGGAGGGUCUGUGUGGAGACUACAACAGUGACCCUUCAGAUGAUUUGAAAAUGAAAAAUGGUUUGAUGGCUAAAGAUUUCUAUGAAUUUGCAACAAGUUAUCAAUUUGGAAAAUGUAAAUCUGUGAAACCUUCAGACUCUGUUCCAGUGUGCUCAGAUGGUGACAGAGCAAAAUGGUCUGUGGAUGGAAAAUGUGGGGCAAUGACUAGCAAACAUGGCAUUUUGUCGGAAUGUGCUUCUCUUAUAGAUGUCCAAAUGCAUGUCAAAAAUUGUGUUUUUGAUAUGUGUGCAACACAAGGACAAACAGAGGUCUUAAUUCAGGCAUUGGAAGAAUUUGUAGCAGACUGCAGAGAUCAUAUUGAUGGGUUAUGUGAUUGGAGGGAAAGACUUCGCCUUCCUUUGCCAAAAUGCCCAGCAAAUAGUAGUUACCGUGGAUGUGCAACUGGAUGUCCUCAAACUUGUGCAGAUCUAGAAUCUCGUUCUGCCAAUUUCAGGUGCAAACAGCCCCAGAUUGACGGAUGUGUGUGCAACGAUGGUUUUAUCAGGGAUGGACCAAAUUGUGUAUCGAAAGAAAACUGUGGAUGUUAUCACAUGGGAAUGUACUUUCAAAAAGGCCAAAGUUGGUAUCCACCAGGAACAUCACAGAUUUGUGAAUGUGUAUCCACCGAUGAGGUCAGAUGCAAAUGCAUAGAUGGUUAUAAAAUUGACUACGAUUCCAUGACUGGAGAGAUGAAAUGUAUUGCAUUGUCAUGUGAUGAUAAUCCUUGUAGCAGUAAUGCCAUAUGCACAAAUGAGGACAGAGGUUUCUCUUGUCAAUGUAAACCAGGAUACCAAGGAGAUGGAAAAGUUUGUUCAUCAAUAUGUCCGUCAGACCAAGAGCCAGCAGCAUGUGUAUCACACUGUCCACAAACAUGUGACAUGCUGCACUCAAUAGAUUGUGAGCCGGGAUGCGACCCGAACAAUUUCUGCCAAUGUCCUGAGGGAUAUGUGCAUAGAAGUACCAGUGAUCGAACAUGUGUACUACCAUAUGAUUGCCCUGUUAUCGAUAUAACCUGUCCCAUACCGAAUCCAAUAGAGUACGGCAAUUUUAAACUCAGCUCAAAUCCACCAAAAGUUGAGGACAUUGCUACAUAUGGAUGUCAACCUGGAUUUAAACUUGUCGGAAAUGAUGUUAGAUAUUGUCAGGAAGGUGGUAUAUGGUCUGGGGAACCACCUGUCUGUGAUUUGGAUAGUGCUGCCUUUCUUUUCGAUGACUUCUUUUAGAUAUGAAUGAUUAUGAGUGAGAAAGUGAAAUUCUGCAGUACGCUUCGUUACAAUGACUGUUUUCCCGCCAGACUGAUUGAACAGAGAACAUCAAAAAUAAUUUUUGCAACGCUCUUUCUGGUGCACGCUAUUUGCUUAUAUGUAUGCUAUCAUAAUUCGGUAUUUGAGUUCUCAUUGGUGGAUGUGCUAUAUUCAUGUAAUUCUAAUUGUCUGCCAGCAAAAGUCAAUAAAUUGAAUUUGCUACAGUGCUAUAAUUUGAUACAUCACAAAACAAUAUAUAAUAAAAAAUAUAUGUAUCUAACUAUA